ACGCUGUCGCUAUGGAUGGUGAGAAUCAAGAAAGAGACGAGGGGAGAGGGACAAGAAUCAAGUGUGUGCAGAAAUCAUGACAGGUGUUGCUCCUUUCGACACUACAUGUGAUGUCAGUAAGGACACAAUGACAUUUCAGAACGAAGGAGGAGGCAACAUCAAUCACCAUCCACAACGUUCAAUCGGAAAGGUGAGGAAGUUGUCGAGCAACACCAUUGAUGAGAUAUCGGAGAAGGUGAAAGACGAAGUUAAUGAGAAUAUGAACGUGAUGAGAACGGAGAACGACAAAGCAGUGAAGGCGAAAGUGAAGAAGGUGAACAUGUUAAAGUUAAGUGGUGUAAAUAUCGUAAAUGACGAGAAGGCGGUGCAAGAGGAGACAAGUGGACUCAGUGGAGAUAUGAACUUGAGAUCAUUGAUAAAUGUAAUUUCACUCAGUGAUGAAAGAGUUUCAUUGCCGUCAAGUUGUGAUGGGGACAAAAACUCGCAAAUGAUUUCACAUUUUCAUGAGGAUGAACAUUUCGGAGUUGAGAAGCGGAUGCUACCACCUUUGUCUGACUUUAUGAAGACAACCAUGCCGAGAGGAGGGAGGGGGACACGGCCACCACGGAGGCCAUUGGGAGCAUCAGGGGAUUACGAGCGGCAUGAGUCUCACCAGAGGGAGCACACACCCGUGUAUGACGACGGGGAUAUAGAGCUCUUCCUGGACGAUUUCCGAGGAUAUGCGGAGCACAUGGGGUGGACAGUGGCACAAAGGAUAGAGAGGUUAAGGGGAGUUGGCAGGUUUGAGGAGCCCAUCGUACAGAUUCGCAUAAAGGCGAGAACUUGGCCAGAGGUGGAGUUGAGGAUGCAGGAGCUGAGGCCCUCACCCAUGGGACAAGACGGCGUGCCGAUCCGCCUAGAGAUCGGAAAUGUGGAGGAGUUCAUCCCUGAGCCAUCUAUUGGGAAGGCCAUCCUGGAGCCGGAGGAAGCAAAGGCAAAGAGGGAGGCACAAAAGGAGGCCUUUGAGUUUAGGGCCCCUACUGAGUUUGCCGCCCAGUCUAUGACUUCUUUUGGGUCUGCGACGGAGUCCUGGACACCACGAGCCGGAGACAGACCACGGACAGCUAUCAAUGAGCCUGCACUUGGAUCUGAUGAGGGUUCCAUGGAUGUGCUCCUUGAGGCAGUCAACACUUUGCAGGAGGAGGCGAGUCUGUUUAUGCCUAAGCAGAGGGUGGAGGAGCCUCAUGAGGGCGAGACGAUGGUUGCGAUGGAGGGUGUCUGCAAGGGUAGACCCCGGAGGUUAGACACUCCUGAGUACAGGCCCGAGGGAACUGGGAUGCGGACGGAGCCGAUUACUCAGGGAUUGGAAGUGAGACUGGAGGAGCCUAUGGACAUGCCCCAGAGCUAUGAGAUGACCAGAGAGGCCAGCGAGACACCUUCGUCACCGGGGUCUCAGAGAAAGAAGAAGAGGUCCAGAAAGUCGUAUGACGCGACCUGUUUUUUCUGCAAGAAGGAGGAGCAUCAGGCCCUGCAGUAUCCGAAGUUCCUCAAAGAUAAGGCAGCAGGAAAGGUCACAGAGGAAGGUGGAAGGAUGUACGAUAGGCAGGGUCGAGUGGUAGAGCGAAAUGUUGACGGGGGUAGAGAUCAGUUGUACAGGCAGAACCAGGAGGAGAUGAGUGAGUAAGGACUGGUUCGCCUAUGUAUGGUUAGCCACUAUGACAUGGCGAGAUUGAGUGGAGUGUGCAUUCUGGGUCAGAUAUUAGUUUUAUCUUAAUUU